CCACCUACCAACUAAAUAUCUCUUAGUAAAUAAACAAUAACACUAUAGUAAUUUUAAUUUUUUUAACGUUCAUUGAUAGUAUUUCUCACGAACAUUUCCAUAAAUACACAAUUAAUUCUUCAUCUGGUGCUAUACGAAACCGUUAUGUUUGGGCGUAAUAUGACUUAGUAGGACCGGCUCAUGCUCAAGAUCUAAUGCAGUUAAUUCUACAACGAUUUUUUUUUCAAAGCUGUUAUGUUAUUUACUCUGUGUCACGCCCUAUUCAUUGCUUUAACAUCGCAAGUUGUUCUAAUAAAUGGCCAAGAUUAUAGGUAUCAAACUUAUGACCGAGAUAUCUACUCUCAACAAUCUCAAGCAUAUGAUCGUAAUUUUCCUCAAUCACCCAAUAACCCAUUUAACCCUCAACUCAAUCAAUAUGGUCAACAGAAUAACUAUUUAAAUCGACCACCUUACAAUCAAUUUCCAGGAAAUCAACCUUAUCCUGGGCGGUCUGGAACACCUGGAUAUCGACCAAAUGGUGUUAACUAUCCUGGUGAUGAAACAUUAUUGCUACCUGGUGUGUUAGGUAAAUGGCGGACAGAUCUACAAGGAAAAGAACGGCCAGAUUCUAAGCAACUAGAUAGAGAUGUAUUUGUAUCUACUAAAUAUGGACAAAUACAAGGUUUCAAAGUACAUCUUUAUGAUAACCCUUUACCGGAAAGUGGAUAUAGACCUUUUCAAACACCUGUUGAAAGAAAACAAGCUGAAGUAGCUGUGUUUUUAGGUAUACCUUAUGCAUCACCACCAAUUAAUGAAGGUAGAUUCAGGCCUCCAAGGCCUCACAAAGGAUGGCAGCUUCACCAAGCAGUCGAUUAUGGACCAGCUUGCCCACAGCCAGCAAUAUAUACUGGUAUUACAAAAGGUGUUCCAAAAAUUGAUGAAGAUUGCCUUUAUUUAAAUAUUUUCAUGCCAUCAGUUGGAAGUAUCCCUGCUAAACCAUAUCCAGUCAUGUUUUAUAUACAUGGAGGUGAUUUUACUCAUGGAUCAUCAAAUUCAUUUCUUGGACACAUAAUGGCGGCAUUUUAUAAUGUUGUGGUGGUAACAAUAAAUUACCGUUUGGGAGCUUUAGGAUUUUUAAGUACAUGUGAUGAAAAUUCACCUGGUAAUUAUGGAAUUAUGGAUCAAGCAAUGGCAUUACGUUGGGUCUAUGAUAAUAUUGAAUUCUUCAAUGGUGAUCGUAAAUCUAUUACAUUGUUUGGACCUGAUGCUGGUGCAGCAUCUGCUGGUUUAUUGAUGGUUAAUCCAAGAACAAGUUUUAUGGUGUCAAAAGUAAUUGCUCAGAGUGGUUCUGCAUUAGCUGAUUGGGCUCUUAUUAAAGACAGAUGGAGAGCAAUGAAUACAACCAAAGUUUAUGCUUUACAUAUUGGUUGUGGCAUUGAUUCAACAUGGAAAAUUGUAGAUUGUUUGAAAAGAGGGCGUAGCUUUUUAGAGCUGGGUGCAGAUUUUAAGCCCCAAAUAGGCUUUAACGCUUGGGGACCAGUGAUAGAUAGUGAUUUUUUAGUACCCAAGAGUAAUUGGUAUGAUGGUUGGCAACAAUCAGAUUGGCAUUUCUUUAAUGAAACAGUGGAAAAUGCAAUUCGAUUUGGUCACUUCAAUAAAGAUCUCAGAUAUUUAAGUGGUGUAACCACUCAAGAAGCAGCUUAUAUACUUGUCAAUAAUAAAACUUACACUGUAACUGAAGAACUAUUUAACAGUAAAGUUAAAGAACUUGUUUUGCAAUAUAACUAUACAUUAAAUCCAUCAGGAGUAUAUCAAGCUAUUAAAUAUUUAUAUACUUAUUGGCCAGAUCCCUAUAAUCCUGAUUCAAUAAGAACUCAGUAUAUAAAUAUGUUAUCUGAUUUUUUAUACAUUGCGCCUCAUGAUCAAAUAUCAAAAUUGCUUGUAAAUGAAGGUGUUCCUGUUUAUAUGUACGUUUUAAAUACAACUGUGACAAGUAUUCCUCUACCAGAAUGGAGAUUAUAUUCACAUGACACUGAAUAUUAUUUUUUAACUGGAGCACCUUUUAUGGAUAAUGAAUUUUUCUCACGUAUACCUGUUACGGACAAAAGAAAAUGGACAGAUAAUGAUCGCAAUAUGAGUCAUUUCUUUAUGAAAGCCUUCACUGAUUUUGCUACAUAUGGCAAUCCUAGUUUGACUCAAAUUUUAGGAUUACAUUUUGACAUGGCUGUCAAAGGAGAUUUUAGGUAUUUAAAUAUUAAUACGACUUUCAACUCAACUAUCAAACAAAAUUAUAGACAAAUGGAAUCAGCUUUUUGGUCUGAUUACUUACCUACAGUUAUUGGUGUAGUUGUUCCUACCUAUCCACCUACUACAGAAUAUUGGUGGGAGCCUAAAACUCCAAUACAAGUUGCUUUUUGGGGACUGUCUGGUCUUAAUAUGAUUUUAAUUGCAUUAACUGUAAUUUUAUGCAUAUUGUGGUAUAAUGCAAAAAAAACCAAAGACAGGUAUUAUAACGGUGAUGUUUUAGUUGUACGUGAAGAACCUAUGGCUAUGAGUCAUCAGGGUAUUGAUAAUCGUAGUGUUAGUAAUAUAUAUGAGUAUCAUGAUGCACCUAUCAAAACGUUAAAUGCAUCCCCUCGAAAAACACCAUCAGCGAGUACCUUACGAACGAAUAGUGCUGCCUCAAUGAGAGAUCAUCCUCUGGGAAUUAGUGAUAAACCAGUACCACAAACUCAGGUUUGAUUCUAUUAUGUGUCUUAUUUAUUAAAAUAAUAUUAUUUUAUUACUUACAGUCAUUAAAGUCUUUUAAGUAAUAAUUAAUAUUAAUUAUUUAUUUUAUACAUCAAUAAUUCUAUUUUUUAUUAAUGACAUAGACAUUACAAUAAAUUACUUUAAUUAAAUGACAUUUUUAAUAAUCCAUUAUUUGUAUAAAAUACAUUUUCAUUACUUAAUAAUUCUUAAAGUAAACAAAUAAUAAGUAAUUAAUUGUUAAUAAAAAUAAUAACAUUAUUUUGUUUCUUUAGUUACUAAAAUACAUUUUUCAACAUUAACUUUUCCGUCUAUUGUUAUUAUACUGUUUUAUAAUAUUGACUUAGUUUUUAAUAUAGUUAACUAUUUUAACUACCCGUCCUUAUUAAUAUGUAUUGUUUAAGUAACUAUAGUCCGUCCACUAAUUUUAAAAUACAUUUGUAAUUUGUAAUUUUUUAAUUUUAUAAAAUGUUGAACUUAUUAUUGUUGUAUUUUUUUAAUGUAAUUAUUAAAGAUGCUAUUUUAUAAGAUGAUACGUAUAAAAAAAAUUUUUUUAUAUUUUCUAAAAUAACUUGAUUAUUGUUCAACUAUAAUAAAGAUAAAUUAAAAUUUUUUUUUGGUUCACCUAAAGUGUAAAGAAUUUCGAGGAGU